CCAAAGAAACCGCUUAUAAACCCGUAGAUUAUUAUCAGCAACGACCUACUUUUCAUAGAGGACUAUUUUGGAUUGGGAUGUCACAGUCACCGGAUCAAGUUUCACGAUCCACCCAAACUGAUUCUCGGCCAACUACCGAGCAAGCCACGCAAUAUAAUCAGGAAGAUAUAAAGCCAGGAAAUUCUGGUGCUGGAAUUUCUAAUUUUCCUUACCCAAACCAGGUCUUUGAAAAAUAUUUUUCGUUGCUUAGAGAGAAAAUAGAGAAGGACGAUUUAAGUCGAAGGGCAGAAUACGACAGAACAGAAAAAGAACAAAAUCGUUCCUCGAUUGAUAAGCGGAGUUAUGAUGAUUUAAUUAAAGAUUUAAAAAGGCAGGUGCAGCAUUAUCAAGGGCUUUAUCAGAAAAGAGUAGAAAAAGAUUUAGAUAAAAAAGAAUGGGGAACUCAGACUGAUUUAUCCGAUCGGCAAGUAUCUAAUUUAAUAG